AUGCAAUACGCGCUUUUCAUGCGUGGCCGAUUUAACCUGACGUUGUUCUCUAAGCAAGCAGGAGGGGAUUACGGCUAGUCAUUGUGCUUAGAGAGGGAGGGGAGAGAGAGAGAGAGAGAGAGAGAGAGAGAGAGAGAGAGAGAGCGAGCGCAUCGUCCGCUAGAGUUUACACUGAGGUUGAGGCGCUUCACGAGCACCGAGUUGGGACAGGACGGGGACGGAUAUCCGACUGAAACAUGUAUCGCCUUGCUGUUUACUUUCCGCAAUUGCCACAUUACCACAUAGGACCGUAGAGUCAACGCUUACUUAACCUCCCGUCUUAACAGAAACCAGGGAUUCACAUUUUCCCAAAAUGGAAAUGUUCACUUUAUUUUUGAGAGUCUUCUCGCUUCUCAUCGGGGAGACCCAGUUCGCCAGGGCCAUGCUGAGUGACAUUGGUGACUAUGUAGGUACAGACAUUGAGAUAUCCUGGCUGCCCAAUCUGGAUGACUUAAUGCAAGGCUACGCUCGAAACUUUCGGCCGGGGAUAGGAGGACCUCCAGUGAAUGUGGCAAUGGCCAUUGAAGUGGCCAGCAUUGACCAUAUCUCAGAAGCCAACAUGGAGUACACCAUGACUGUGUUCCUGCGUCAGAGCUGGCGAGAUGACCGUCUGUCUUACAACCACACAAACAAGACCCUGGGCCUGGACAGCCGCUUCGUAGAUAAACUCUGGGUACCUGACACGUUCAUUGUCAAUGCCAAGUCAGCCUGGUUCCAUGAUGUCACUGUGGAAAAUAAACUCAUACGUCUGCAGCCUGAUGGGGUCAUCCUCUACAGCAGCCGGAUCACGUCUACUGUAGCCUGUGACAUGGACCUGACCAAGUACCCCAUGGAUGAACAGGAAUGCAUGCUGGACCUCGAGAGCUAUGGCUAUUCUUCAGAGGACAUUGUGUAUUACUGGUCAGAGAGUCAGAGGUACAUCCAUGGACUGGACAAACUGGAGCUGUCCCAGUUUACCAUUACAGACUACCGCUUCGUCACAGAUAUGAUGAAUAUCAAAGCAGCUGGGCGAUUCCCUCGUCUCAGCUUGCGUUUCCAGCUGAGGCGUAACCGAGGUGUUUACAUCAUCCAAUCUUACAUGCCUUCUAUCUUAUUGGUUGCCAUGUCCUGGGUCUCUUUCUGGAUUAGCCAAUCGGCUGUGCCUGCUAGGGUAACACUUGGGAUCACCACGGUGCUCACCAUGACAACGCUGAUGGUCAGCGCACGCUCCUCGCUGCCCCGCGCCUCUGCCAUUAAAGCACUGGACGUCUAUUUCUGGAUCUGCUAUGUCUUCGUGUUCGCUGCCCUCAUCGAGUACGCCUUCGCCCACUACAACGCCGACUACAGCAAAAAGGAGAAGGCCAAGGUCAAGGCAAGCAAGAGCGCCGAGGCCAUGGUGAAGAACGGCAAACAUGCCAUGGUGCUCUUCUCCUUGUCGGUGACAGGAAUGAGCCAGGGCCUGGCGGUCUCCAACAGGCAGGGCCGCACCCAGCGGCCGCCCGAGGGCCCCGCCGAGCCCCAGGAGGGGGCGGAGCCGCGGGCCGUGGGCCGGCGGCGGGCGGAGCGGGGUGGGGAGGAGGGCAAGUGCAGGCCCGUCGAUGCCGACACCAUCGACAUCUACGCUCGCGCUGUCUUCCCCUUCACCUUCGCCGUGGUCAACGUCAUCUACUGGGUGGCAUACACCAUGUGACACCAAAGACGCUUCAGCGAGGCCUGCCCUCGCCCAGGUUCUGAAAGCGCAGGCGGGACCACGGGACCGCUGUCGGUUUGUGGAAUUAUCGAGACAAGCCAGCCGUGGGAUAUCGGAGAUUAUCGGACACAUGUGGACACUGGCGACGUCGGACCACGGCAGGUUUUUGGUGACUGUACUUCGGAUGAACUCAGGUGAUGAUAACGAUGAAGAGAACCUGUGGUGAGGAAGGACCUCCUAAUAAUUUCAGACGAUGGCGGGAAGAAUAAGAAGGAGACUGCUGUACAUUAGCAACUCUGGACCUCAGACUCUCGCUUUCUUUACUGCCUUUUCCAUUAAGCUGUUGCAGUGACCCCUCACCUUCAUCGCCACAGUGAGCCUUCAGUUUCUUCCAGUAAAAGCCAGCAUCCCCAGACUGGAACAUUCUACUGCUUGUAGAGGUUUCUACUAAUGACACUGCAUGACCACCGGAGUAUAUGUUGGGUUAUUAGUACCUUUUCGGUUUUCAUUCUCUUCUUCAUUCGUUCCCAGCUCCUCUGUCUAUAUUCAGUCGCCCACCAUGCUUUGGGUUUUUCUAAUGCAAAGGCUGUCAGCUCCUGCUAAAUCACAGAAAGUGCUUUCUAAUUAUUUAAAUGCAAUUUUGCUAAACUAAAUCUAUUUUAUUAAUAUGAGCAUUUAAAAAACAAAGCUUGCUGAAAGACCAUAGAUUAUAUAUUGAACUUGUUAUAGAGCAGAUUAGCCCAGAAGAGUUUAUAGGUUACAUAAUAUGACCCUUCAUUAAAUUUGUUAUGAUUGACCUCUAAGCACAAUUAGGUUCACGAUCCCUUAAUGCAUGUUAAUAUAUUCCUGUGUAAGCUUACGCAGCCUAUUCUAGAGUAAUCACAAUGAAAAUGCAUCCCUGUUCCACGUUUUGGGUUCUGAAAUUGCCAGCGAACAUGAACAUCAUCGACUUUUCUCAGCCGUCCCAGACCAGGAUGCUUUAUGGCAAGAUUUCCUCUCUUUAGAUACCUCAGAGAGUUCUGAAAAACUAAAUGACAAGACGGAAGGGCGGGCGUUCAGAGAAGGGUUAGUCCGACGGACAACGCCACUGUCCACUGUGGAUGACAUCGUAAUGUUGAGGACCCCUGUCCACACAGACAGCAGGACACCCCCCCACCUCCGCCUCUAUAACUCCAGUGUCUCUGCUACUUUGCAAAAGUGGAGUAUGAGCCAUAGAACUGAUGAAUAUGUAAAGAGUGUUGAGUCCCUCCAACAAAAAAAAACAUAUCAGUCGUUUAUAACCUUUUACAUUAAAAUGCUAAAAUAUGCUUUAUUUAGACUUACCUUCAUUAAUAUAGGUAUAUAACAAUAGUACUUACAGUAAUGCUUUAUAUUAUUGUUUUUAAUUUGUAGAAUGUAUAACUAGUACUGAAAUCAAUUCAUGACAGUGAAGAUAAAUGGUUUUUACACAUAAGCAUCAUUUAAAUAAAAAAAUAGUGCCUAUAAACAAAAGAAAAGCUUUCGUGAAUGCUUUAUUUUAAAUAGUCGACAUCAAUGCUGUAAUAAGCUUAAGUGAUGUCAGAUAUGUUUUUUUGUUGCAAGGACUCAAUUCAUUUAUAGUACAUAAUGUAUUAAUUAAUUGAAUAGUCAUUGAAAAAAAAGUGUAAAGGAAAGUAUAUAACAAUUUAUAGUACCUUUGUAGGACUGCCAUUGACUCUCCCACUCAGUUAGGUAGACAUCACACAACCCUAAAUCAGAGAUUGCACAGAGGUAACGACCGCUGAAAUAAAUCUGUGAAUGAUGAAAAAGACAAAAAACUAAUUUCUAUGAUUUCUUCAGGACCCUGUUCUUGACGUUUGUGGAUGUUUUAAUGAUGUAUCAUUAAGUGCGAAAGAGGAAGUAGUUAUAUACAGUAUAUAAGUAAGUACAUACAGUAGAUGUACAGAAAUGGGCACUGCAGCUAUCGUACAGUUCUCUCCAGACCUGGAGUUAUAUCUCACCUCCACAGCUGUGACCUGUGAGGCACGAGCUCACGAAGGGCAGAGGCAGGGAGCUUCUAAGGAAUGGCACACCACAGAAGAAACGAGCAAGUCUACAGAGUGCCAAAGCCUAAACAAAACUGCACUUCCCCGCUUAAUUCUGGGGCCCUGUAAAGGCACUGUGUAUCUUCCUUUAUACCGUCCUAUCUUCAUUCACUGAGGAAAGUGGCCAUUUAAAAUGGUUUUGAAUUAGCAGGCAAAUAGUAAUAGAGGUCAGCAAAGUACAAAGUCACGUUGCUCAAUUGCCUCUUUGAGCAAGUACUCCAUAUUAGCUUCUGUAGAGAAGCAUGUUUAAAGCAGCCCAGACUUGAUUGGGCUUUUGGCUGGAUAAAAACGUGUAAUGGCGCCCUCUACUGGAAAUAGAGGUGCAUCAUCGGGAGGGAUCUUGCAAAAGUAUAGCGGUAUAGCGUAAAAUGAAUGCAGACCAAGGAGGCACGAGUGAAAAACAUUAUGAGAGGUAGUCUGUAUGCCCGUUUCAUCGCUGUUUUUCUUCGUAUGCUUUGUUAUUUCACUACGGGAAUCACCACUGCCGUCUUAAGGGCUAUCUUAUUCAUUUAUCAGCCACAGUUAAUUAGACGGCAAUUUAGCCAAUGGAUCAAUCCAACAUUAUACUAGACUUCAGGCAGGACUUACACGGCAUUGAAAUCGACAAAUGUUUCUACCUACUUUAUGUUAACAUAUGCCAGUAUGACUCUGCACAGCGAACUGGGGGUUGCAAAUAGCCAACGAAAUAGUUUUGCUUCACCUAUACGCAGUGUGCUUGCUCCCAGGGGCGAGUGUGUUCCUUCUGAAUAACGCGUUCUCUGGCGUCCCCUCCUGCCGUUUCCAUACACUCUCCCUAGUUGUGAAACAGGGCGAUGGAACGGACUCUACGCGGUUUUUUUUCGUAUGUCGGGCUGCUGUCACGCCAAUUUCAUUCGUGACUGAGUUUCUGUUUUAUGAAACCUAACCGAAUGAGUUUGUGAUUUGAAAAAGCUGCGAUCCCAGUUACCUCCACCUCAGUAAAGAGAACAAUCCUCAGUAUGAGCAGCAGAGGGCGCAGUUUGCUAUAAUUAUAAUGUCUGGGCACAUUAUAGCACCAUGAACACAGCAAUCACGGGCCCAGUUACACAUCAGUCUGAUUUUCUAUCAGUAGAGCAGCAUUGUAUGACCCAAAAUGCUUUUAUUAAUCAAACCAUAUGUAAUCAUAAAUGUCAAUGUUUUUGUGGGAAAGCAGGUCAUUGGUUUCCACUAUUCCACUAUGUAUUUCCAAAUAUGAAUUGCACGAAAUCUGGCAAUAGGUUCAGUAGUCUCAUCAGUGACAAAGCGAGGCUGCAGCAGUGCUCAGAUCUCUAACCGUCCUCUUGGGCGUAGGUGUAAUUUUUGCUGGGGACGCUGGGGACAUGUCCCCACCAUUCUCCAAAACGGCUGAUAUUGUCUCCAACACUUUUUGAAAAUAUGUUAUGUAGGCUAACAGUUUGCUGCAGAAAACAUAACAGAAUCAGAACACGGUCAUGCUUAUAUGUUGUCACACAACACAGAAUUAAUAAACGUGGAACAAAUAACUGAAACGAAACAAAAAAAACCCCAAAUGUAUAGUACUAAUUGUACUACUAAUAAUUGUACUAUAAAAACAUUUUCUGGUAGUAAAUAACUGGUACUACAAAUACAUUUAA